AUUUUUUAAGAUUAUUAUCAACAAACAAGUCAUAUGGCUCUUUACUGAAAAACGUUUUUUUUAAAUAAUGUAACAAUCUGUUAAUACAAACAUGGAAUCAAAUUCUAUAAAAAAGAAAAGUACAGUGUUCGAUAAUAUUAACACAAAAACAUCGAUCACGUGUACAAAUGUUCCUGAUGGUCUAUUUGAUACGCCAUCGGCCAAGAAACACUUCAGCAAGUUCGGGCGUGUCCAAAAAAUAAAAUUUCUUCCAAAGAAACAAAUGUGUAUUGUUGAAUAUGAACAACUCUCUGGAGCCGAGCAAGCAGUUCUAAAUGCGGGGGCCUUUGAUGGGUUUAUGUUUGAUGUUACUCGUACGAAGACACGGAUACGGCACAAGAAAGAUGAAGAUCCUGAAUGGUUACCAGAUCCGGAGCUGGAGAAAGAACUGUCAGCUAUGAGAGGAGGUUCUACAUAUAGAGUACCCCGACAAAAAGCAAUGGAAAUAGAUCCUGUUGUUAGAAAUGUCAAAAUUCCAUCUCCAAGAACUUCCAAAAUGAAUGUCAGAAAGACUAUACCAAUAGCAAGGCCAAAACACAAAAUAAAUGCUCCACCAAGUUCAGUAGAGACACCAGCAGUAAUCAUGGCUGCCACGACAACUUUAAGUACUUCGGAAGCAGCAGCAGAACUGCACCAACUGCGUUCCAGAGUAUCCCAAUCUGCAGAUGAACAAUGGAGAACUCUUGAUGCUAGAGACAGGAUCUUACGUAGUUGGGGUGGCGCUGGCUCUAGAGUUAAAGUGGGUGGUGCUACAAUUGGUACUUGUCCUGAUAUGUGUCCCGAGAAGGAAUUAUUACAUCGAAAAGCUGAACAUCAGGUAAUGACAUUAGAGACGGUGGCAGAUUCAGAUGGUCAGUUGGAGUCGUGGCGUGCGGUGAAGCAGUACAGCCGCAGCUCCGCCGAUCAGGAGAUACCGAUGUGCUAUGAACUGAGACCUGCACAUGUCCUAGCCCGGACCUGUGCAUAUCUGUUGAAUGAGAUUGCUGAUACUGAUAGACAGGUGACAUUAGCAGAUUGGUUCCAUUUUAUGUGGGACCGGUUUCGUGGGAUACGUAAAGAUAUAACACAACAGGCAUUGUGUUGUGCAGAAUCAAUUCGUCUGGUAGAGAUGUGUGCUCGUUUCCACGCGCACUGUGCCGCUCGUCUUGCAGACUUGGCGCACACGCAGUUUGAUCAGAAGCUCAACACGGACAACUUGACCAAGUGCUUACAGACUUUGAAGCAUAUGUACGCUGACGUCGGCCCCGAGCUGAAGCCAAGAGAAGCAGAGUUCAGAGGCUAUAUCGCCUUACUUAACUUGGGAGACUCCAAUUUUUGGUGGGAGAUAAAACAGUUACCGGAAGAAAUUCAAAAAUCGGACUCUAUUACAUUUGCAAUACAAGUGUUCACCGCACUGGAUAAUAACAACUACAUCAGAUUUUUCCGUUUAGUCAGAGAAAAAGCGAAUUAUCUACAAGCUUGCAUUCUUUUAAGAUAUUUCAACGAUGUGAGAGCGCGCGCGCUCGCCAGAAUAGUAAAAGCGUAUGCACCAAGAGGUGGCUCUAAAUUCCCAGCUGAAGAUAUAAUGAAUGCAUUGGCCUUCGAGUCCGUAGAUAGUAUGAGAUCAUUUAUAGAUCAUUAUGGUUUACGUUUCUCCAAAAUUGAUACUGAAUUAACAGUUAUAUUAGAUAGAAACCAAUUCAUAGAAGAUAGUGAUCCAUAUCCUUUAUCACGAGCUGCAAAAUUAAUCGAAACGAAACGGAAAAGUACCGUUGGUGAAGUUAUAGCCGGAGGUCCUGUCCCAAAACACGACUACCGUAAUCAUGUUCUAUAUUCCAGUUUUAAUAAAGAUGGAACCCUGAAGGAAACCGCUUUGUUAGCCGAAGAUUUGGGAUAUAAUACCAUAAAUGAUACAAAUAAAGAUAUAACAUUAUUAAAAGCCGAAAUCCGAAAGCUGGCAUGUAAUAGUGAUGGUAGAAAUAUAUAUGAUGCAUAUGAUACACGUGAUAGUGCAAAAAUAGUGAAAGAGAAGCGAAAAAAUAUCGUCGUUGAAAUAUCACAGCCCAAAACAAUACCAAACACGAUUGUCCCGGCGGUAAGAAAUGAGACGGUAAAAAAAAUAUUUUCAUUCAAACCUGCCAUACUGGUUGCCCCUUCUGAAGUUAUAAAAGGUUUCAAAAUAAAUGAUACAAAAAAUAUUUUCAGUUUUUCCAAACCUCAGCAGGUCACUGAGACGAAAAACGUUUUCAAAAUUUCCAAAUCUCAAGAAAUUACUGAGAAUAAAACAAUUUUUACAUUUUCGAAACACGCAGAGGUUACUGCAAUUAAACAAUUUUUCACUUUUUCCAAACCGCAAGUGGUAUCUGAUAGUGAAAUAAAUAAGGGAAAGACGUUAUUACAAUCUUAUGUAUUCAAAAAGCCAAUCGUCGUAGAGUAUAGUAAAAACCUUGAUCUUAGCAGCCACGAUGGAAAUAACUUAAAUGGUGGUUUCAAUUCUUCGGAUAUUUUCAAGGGUAAAUCUUCUCGAUUAUAUAACAGUAGAUCUGCAAAAUCUGAUAAACUCGAUAUCCAAAGUGUAACGCAAAAUACAGAUAGUAAAUUGUCACCUGGAAGCUUGUUCAAAAAGGCACACACAGAAGCAGAUGAGAUAUUUGCCUCUGGAAAGGCAUCAAAAGAUAUUUAUGAGUUUGAAGAAGAGGAUUAUCCAAUCAAAACCUUUAAUGAAGAAAAGACUAAAGCAGCUGAGAAGAAAAUGGAAGAAGAAACAAAAAGGGAAGAGGAAAAGAAAAGAAAAUUAGAAGAGCGGAUAAAUGAGGAGCUUAAAAAGAAAAAAGUCGAAGAAGAUAAAAAAGCAGAGUUGAAACAAAAGGCCGAGAUGGAAAAGACGUUGAAAGAAACGGUUGAAAAGAAUUCAGAGGCGUUAGUUGACGAACUUAUAGGAACGUUAACUAAAGAAACAGUUCAAAAUCUAAUUGAAGAAGAGGUACAAAGUUUAAAAGAUGUAAUAGAAAAUUCUGAAAAAAUAAUAGAAGAAUUAUUGAAUGAUUUGUGCAAAGAAAUUUGCACCUCUGAAGUAAAUGCCGAAUUCUUUUGGACGAAGAAAUUAAUGAAGAAAUGGUUUUAUGUUUGGCAGAAGCAGUGCGUUAAAAACAUAAAAAGACGAAGCUUUCUGGAAGACACGCCAGUUUGGUUAACGAACUUUACGCCUGCAGAGGAAUCUAGAAAUUUAAAUAGAGUUAUGAAAAUAUCACCAUUAAAGAGUAUGAAAUUAUAUGGCUUUAAAAGAUUUAAAGUUAGUGAGCCAGAUGAAAUGUCCUCACUACAACCCUAUAACGUUUUGGAAAUAAUUAGAUCAACACUUUUAAAAAGAAUGAAAGAAAUUAACUAUCCAUAUGAUAAAUGUUUCUUUUGGAAAAUAACUUUAGUAGUUCCAGGAUCUGAAAAAUGGCUCUAUAGGAGAGUAAAUGUCGAAAGCUGGAUACUAGAAGUUUUUGGCGAUAAAAAUAAGAAUAACAAUAGCGAUGGUUUAAUUAAUGUUACAAGACAAACAUGGAAUAACUUAAUGGAUUUCGCCAUAUCCAUUGGUCUAGCAAACAAAAAGCUAUUGUCAAAACAUCGCGAAGCUAUAGAAGGUACCAAUGGAUUUUUAUUUUAUGCUGAAGAGAAGGAGGUUGACUUAUUGAAUGCAAUUGAAGAAACAAUGAAAUGUACAUAUUCAUAUCAAUCAGUACCUGUUGCUGUUAUUGUUCCAACAUGGGAUGAAGCGGCCAUAAACAAUAUAAAAGAAAAGUUGGACAUGUUAGUAAACAAAAAUGUAAUAUCCUGUUUUAAAAUAUUUCUAGUGCAAAAAGUCAAAUUAAAUGAAUCUUUGGACUUGUGCACCAAAAGUGCACUGAAAUGGUUAGCUAAAAAUUGUCCAAAAAGUCCCCCAAUUGAAAUUGAUCAUUUAAAAUCUAUAUGCCAAAGAUAUCUUGGCAAUGAAAUAUGGCAACGAUUAAGAUAUGAAACUGAUAGCAGAAUGGAAAUAGUUAAGCAAGAUUUAAAUAAACUAGUCAAUUGUUAUAAUGUGGCAGUGGACAAACUGACUGAUGUUAUAACAAAUACGGAUAUAUUUAAUUAUCCUUCAUUCCCAUUGGAGUUUGAUCAAUACUUGGAUCACAGUUCUCCAUAUCCAAAACCUUAUGAAUUUAUAUCAAGCAGUGUGAAACAGAAUGAAAAUGUGCUAGCAAUUAAAGCAUUUAUGAAAAAGUUAAAAUUAGUGCAGUCUGUCACUGAAUUUAAACCUGUGAAUGCAAUUAAUAUGGAACAACAAAUACAAAUUUACUGCAAUCAGGUUGAAUGUUUAGAAAACCCUCAAAAAGUCGCAUACAAAGUUAUAGCAACUUUACCUAAUGAAUUUUAUAAUACUCAAAUACCAUCUGCAGAAUUCAAGAAAAUUUUCCAAAAAUAUAGUUUAAUUGAUUUCUUAAAUAUUGUGGUCUAUGAAAAGAUAAACAGUUUGCAUAAUUUUGAUAAUUUAUGUGCCAUUUAUGAAAAAGCAUCACUAGAAGAAUAUCGUAAUGUACACUGGUUGUACGACAUUUUCUCUGGAAUGAUGAAGCACAAAGCUGUUGAUUACGAUGAGGACAUAGAUCAUUUCAUCAAAGCCAAACGUCGUAAGUUAGAUGGCAAUGAAAUUGAAAAUUAUAUGCUUGAAGAUAAAGACUACGAAAAAUUUGAAACCAGUUUAGAAGCAGCAAAUGCAAGCAUUACCUCACUAAAAAAUUAUAAAGAUGAAGUAGAUAAUUUAGAAAAACAACUCGAAGAUGAGAAAAAGAAAUCAGAUGUACUUGAUAAUAUGUUACAAAUGGCAUUAUUCAAUACAUAA